AUGUGUAUGUCCCGGCAGCUCACCCACUGGAACCCCGACCGCGGGCACUUUGGUGCCGGUGGGUGUUUUGAACCGAGCCAGGAGCGGAUGGACAUUUGCCCAAGGGACAAACCGUUAUGGCUAUCCAGGAGCUAUUGGGCGGGGCGUUUCUUCGGAUGGAUCAAGGUGACCCUGAAGGAGCAUUGCCUGAGCUCCAAGUUCAGAGCUGGCCCAGAGGCAGCCGCUUGGAGUGCUGCUCGACGAGACACCACGUUGCAGGUCGUUCAUCCCGAAACGGACUUCGUCCUCUCCGUUUUCAAGCGAAGAGUUCUUGAACUAGAGUAUGUCUCACCAUGGACCACCGUGUGCUCUCGCACCUUUGAGAGAGACCAUUGUGAGGUACUAUGUGGGUGUAGUUGUGGGUGUGUAGCAAAGAAAGGUCCAAGAGAUGAUGUUUGGAGUUGGGCGCCAGCAACGAUUUUGUGCCAUGAGUUUGGCGAUUGGCCAAAAACGGACGAUUAUGAAAGGGUUGACCAUGUUUUAGGGACUGUUGACCAAGGAUGCUGCGCGUUCAGACUCCAAUCUGCUUUGGCCUCGGGCGGGUUGGAUCCACAUCGAGUAUACAACCAGCGGCCAUGUGGUUGUCCAAGAGACCCGACUUUGCACCAAGUGCAUUUUUGGGAACUUUUAGCCCAGAGGGUUGUUUUGCGAAACACGCAAAGUGUCCCAGAGAUCCGGCCGCCCACCCAGACAAAGGCAUUUGCAAGCUAG